GGUCGGAUUACCUGUGUAGGAACGUUAACGGGUUUAUGCAUGACAGUGUGGUUAAAUACCACUCAGACACCUACCAGGACUGUUUUCGAGUAGACUUUAAAGUUUACAUUUUAUGAUUUCUUCGAAUAGGGGAGACAUCACAACGAUGCCAUACAGCCCCUCACCCACAAGUUUCGGCCGGGGAUCACCCGAGGGGGACUCAGCGGACGGGGACAGCGAAUAUGAGGACCCAAAUAUGCGGCGUGGACGACCCAGAGCGGAUAUUGUGAAUUCUUUGAUAUUUAAGGGAUCAAUGUCGAACUGUAGUAUCCGUUGUGAGGUUUGCAGCCGAGUGUUCCCCCGGGAGAAAUCAUUGCAGGCCCACAUGCGGACCCAUACAGGUGAGAGGCCUUACGGGUGCGACUACCCUGGGUGUGAGAAAGCUUUCUGUCAGAGUGGACAACUAAAGACACAUCAGCGUCUUCACACGGGCGAAAAACCAUUCAUGUGUUCAGAAACAGGUUGUACGAGUCGAUUUACACAUGCUAACCGCCACUGUUCUGAUCACCCCUACGCUACAUUGGUCCGGGUAGGAAUAGAAGUCUCCAUUAAAGAUCUGAUCGCUCUACGAGAACAGGAGACAAACUCCGAAGUCCGAGAAUGGCUAGAAAUCCAAAUCAUAUCACGCCAGGAUCGUUCUGGACACCGAAAUAAAAAUCGCAAACCUCUGAAAAGACCGAGUGAUGGAUCACCAGCGGAAGAAUCUCAACCCGAGCAAAAAAUAAAAGUGGAAGACCCUGAGCCGAAAUACACGGCCCCCAUCACAAACGAGAACAUUCAGCCACUAAAUAACAACAAUAACACUAUUUAUCACACCCCCAUUAAAGAGGAAAUCAAGUUCGACCCAAUGACCGUGGAUCACUCAGCAUACAAUCCACCAAUUAUUGACUAUAAGAUGCCUUUGUAUUACAAUGACUAUACCCACUAUCAUAAUAACUAUAGCAUGCAGCCCGUGAGGAACGAAUAUGAGAUGCAAUACCCCGUGGCACAUGACUAUCACAUGGACCAUAAGGAUAAUAUUCCGCAAGUGGAACUUUACAACAAUCCCGAGCCAUAUAACCACGAGUACACGGUCACGGAACUUCAACCCGUGUCCAACGUCAAAUUGGACCCAAAUAGCGAAGACAUCGGGGAAAUGACCCUCAGUCAACAGACAGACAAAUGGAUCUCGGCCCUCGCACUGGUGGAACUGUCCCAUGCCGAUUUAUAAUGGCGUCCGCUCAGAAAAAUAUCCCAACAAAGUACUCAAAGACAAUUUAUUUUUAUCUCAAUUAGAGUGAUUUUGUGAGUAAGGAUACUGAUAUUUUUUCACUUUUAUUUUUUUAUUAUUAUCAUGGCAUAUAUAUACAUAUAUAUGAAUAUUUUUAUAUUUAACCAUUAGUCCCUUUGAACUCAUUCCUAUCAAUUCGUGCACAAGGAUCCCACUUUCUAUGCAUUCCUUGCAGAUGAAUUCCAUUCAUACAGUUGUUAAAUCGUUUGUUAUGAAUAUUUUUGUUACUGCUUAUAGCCAACCCAAAGCUCCACUUAUGUGCAAGAUGUAGUCUUGCAUUAGUCACUGCUAAUAGAAAACAUAGUUUUUUUUAGAAAACUAUGCUAUGCAAGAAACUAAUUUUGAAAUUCUGUUUGAGGAACAAACAGUUAAUUAAAUAUAUCUAUGUGACAAUCUCAAACUGUGAUUGAGUGUUAAUAGAAUUAUUAGAGUAAAAUAUUCUAUAGCUAAACAAAAUCUAAUUUUAUUUCCAAAUUAAAAAGAGUUUAAGAUUUGUAGACAUAUUUUUAUGGUAGCUGACUCUGGAAAUACAUUAAUCUCACAAUUAUGCAAAACUUUAAUUGUAUAUCCAAAAGAAAAAUAACUUUUUUUGACAUAAUUAACAAGUCUAGAUUUAAAAUUAUUACCAAGUCAUCAGUGUUGUAAAUAAAAGUAUUUAAUCAUUAAUCAUUCUAUGCAAUUAGCAGCGUGCCUUCUCUUUAGUAUUAUAUAUCCUGCAUGUUAAAUACAUAUAUGCAUACAAUCAAAGUAUAUAACCAAUGCGGAUAAUUUUUGUCCAAACAGUAUAUACCAGAAAUCCGAACCAUUCUUUUUUGCAUUUAUUAUUUUUUUAAUUGAAUUGUGUUAUAUGUGUGUGUUAGAUAUAACGAUGUCAUUAUCCGAUGAGAACAAACAAAGAAUAUUAACUGCCGUCCAAAACAUUGUAUCAUCAUUCCAUCAUCAAUUUAACUGUCAUAUAUGCUUGAGGAGAAAAUGAGCAUUGAUAUGAGUGAAUUUUACUCCUGACAUAACAUUUGUCAUUUAAAGUAGGGGAAUUUGACACUGACACAGUUUUAACAAACACAUCACCUCCUUUGAUCAAAUUUGAUCAAAGACUUGUGAUAUACUUGUCCAAAUAGAAAAAAAAUACUUAGAAAAUAUUAUUAUGUGACAAAGAAAAUUACCAAAUAUAUAUUAUAUGUAGAUUUGUUAUAUUCAAUGCUUAUAAUUGUAAAUAUUUCCAAUGCUUCACUAACCAUUUAUUAUAAGUGUGAGUGUGCAAUUUCUUUAAUAUGUGUGAAUGCUUUUAUAUUUUUGCUGAAAUUUAUUGAAUUUUAAGGGUUUUUAAUGUCUAAAAAAAACUACAUGAUCAACAAACAGAAUUCAACUUAAAAUACACAUUUCUGCGGCUUUUAAAAUGAAAAUACUGGGUAUUUGUUAAUGACUGUAAAGAAUUAACUGUGGAUUUUUUUUAUGUAUACAUGUAUUUGAAUGUAUAAGUUUAUAUACUUAGCAAAAAGAUCAAAAUAUAUGCGUUGCUACUAAUUAUGUUCAUAGAGUUUAUAACAAAAUUUAGAAUGAUAAAUGAAUUAAAUGGCCACUUGUAUAUUCAUAUACAGUUCAAUUUUAAGACUGUCAGUAGUGAUACAUAUCUAUAGAGAACAUUUUUCUUGUUUUCCUUUUUCUUGAAACUUUUAUCAGUUUUGCAAGUAUAUGGUUUUAAUGUUCUUGAUUUCUUUAUGAAGUUUGAUAGUUGAUAGUAUUAAGUCUUGUUAGAAAUCCAAAUAGAUUCUUUUGAAAUCCCCUUUUGUUUACUGUAUCAUCAUUCUUUGUUUCAUCACAUAAUUGAAAAAAAAACAACAGGGUUUUACUGAAAAAAGUUGAGAUUUUUGAAAGUUUGUUUUUUGUGUGAUGGUAGUUGUUGAAGACUGUGAUAAACUAAAUUUAAUGGAAUAUUGUUAUAUUUGUGAAUGCAUUUUAAAUAUGGUUGUGUUCAAGAUACUUCCCUCCAUAACAAUUCAUGAUUUGUGUGUGUGUUCUUUUGGUUCAAAGUUUUACUCAGUUCUCUAGCAAUUUGGCUUGGACUUUUUUGUCAAAGAUUUGUCAAUUGGCAAUUUUUUUUUGGUCAUCAAACAUUUGAAAGAUUAUUAUACAAGUACAUGGUACACUGUACUUGCCUAAAAUUUAAUUUUCAAUAAAUUAAUUGUUCCUUUUCUCCUAUAAAUUAUUUUGUUUUUUUUUUAAAUCAAUGACAAAAGAUGACAAAAGAUGUCCAAGCUGAAAUGCUGCUCUUUAUUUAAAAUAAAAGUUUUAGUGAUAUAUAUUACUGAUUUGGUAUUAAAAUUCAUGAUUUAUAUAUGUCACACUGAGGCAUACACACUUCCAUAAUCAACAUGAACCUAAUGAUAUUCCAAAACUAUACCCUCUUGAUCUGAAUUUAUCUCUCAUCUUCAUUCUUAAACCUCAGUCAUAUUUUUAUGAAUCUUGCAAUAUUUCAUUUUCAAUUUAUUAGUGUGUUUUCCUCCCUAGUUAUAUAUGUAUACAGUCAUGUAUACACAAUGAAACAAAGCAAUACAAUAUUGGAUUCUAUUUAUUUGUUAAUGUGUUCGGUGCAAUGGUUUAAUACGAUAUUCCACAUAAAUAAAAACAUAUCAGUACAGUUCUAGUGAGUACAUUAAAGAGUUCAUGUGAAAAAUGUUGAUAAAAGGAUUUAUAUAAAAGUUUAAUCGAAAAUCAGAAUUUAUCAAAAUGCAUUAAUAAUUUAUACCUUCAGUGAUUUUCUUUUUCCAUUUCAAGUGAAUGUAAUAGACCCACUGGGUGAAAAAUAAAUUAACAUUCUUGAAUUUUAUUACUGUUUUUGACAUGUCUCAAUUUAAAUAUAUGAACCAUUAACAAAAACAAAAACCACCCAGAAAUUUGAAAAUUUAGUCCAUGUAU